GUAUCUUUAGAACUGUGUCCUUGAAGCUGAAUGAAAUUUCAAACGUAUGCACUUUAAAAGUACUAGACGAGACGUUUUGCAACCCUCAAGUGGUUCAAAGCUGCCAACCAAAAAUCAUAUCCAAUUAUGGUAGAACCACCUCUCCGUCGAAAACGUGCGUUAUCGUUCACUGGAUACUCCGAGCUCCCCAAAAUUUCCAACAAUGUUAAUUUUGGGCAGUUACCUACUGCCUUCCGAAUUCGCCAUCCAUCGUCCGUUUAUCCUGAUGGUGGUCCAGCUCUUGAUCAAGUUUUCGGGGGUUUUUCACAGAAGUUAAACAAUGAAGAAAUUGGAUUUUCAGCGUCUAAGGAUUUAUCAGAUAUCAAAGAUUUUGGAAUAAGAGGUUGUGAUUUACGCUCAAGAAAGUCUUCAGUCGCUACAGUUGUAGACCAUCCACUACAUAGUUGUAUAUCGACUCCCGAAAUUUAUCCUAAAGUACCAAGUUCCUGUUCUGGUUCAGUAGCCAAACUGUCUCAGCCACUUAAUUUAUCAUCCUUUAACUGUUCAGAUUAUGUUCUUCCUGAUAGUCUAUUAUCUUCGAAUCUUGUUAAACUCUACCUUGCCAAGGUUGCCACAUCAAAGCCUGUUGAAUAUACAUGCCCAAAUAAUUCCUCUCGAUCGAAAUCUCCACAGACUUCUACACAGGAUGGUCAUCGCUUACCAGAAUGUUUACAAAUUCACCCACUCACUCUGGCUUCUAUGGUUAUGCCAGUAAACCAGAUAAUUCGAGCACACGCUAGCCAGAAUAAAUCUGAAAUGAAAAAAUCGAACGAACUUGCAAAUUCAUUGAACGUUUAUUUGAAUGGUCGAAAUGCCGUAACGGAUGCAAGCUAUUCUAGUGAAUUCAGUGAUGGUGAAUCGUGGGGACGUCCACCUGUCUGUGAUCAUACUAACACUGGAUAUCUUUCAGAUAAUCACCUUAUAGAAGCUGUUUCUGAAGCAAAAAUGCUCAACAUGAGUAAACAACAACUAGAUAUGCGCCUGAGUAUCCGACCUGGUUCUAAGAUUAUCUCCUCUAGUCGCACACAAACAAAUUCAAGGGAGAAUUUAAAUCGUAAUUACUUAACACCGAAAUUUGAAUUCACUCACGUUUAUGAUGGCCUAAAAACAUCAUCAAAUGCAUUUCCAAAUGCAAAUAAAUCAUUUUCUAAUUUUCUGCAUAAUUCUAAUUUAAAUUUAAACUUCACUGACGAUGAUUUCAGUGAUGUAAAGUCAUCUGUUUGUUAUUCAGUUCCUGGUUCACCCAAUAUUAAUUCAAAAUAUUCUCACUUAAUAAGACAGAGUAACUCACGUGAAUUCAACGACGCUUCUCAUCAUAUAACUGAUAAUCCAACCGCCAUCAAUAAUAAUAAUAAUAACAAUAAUAAUAGAAAUAUUCGAACAAAGCGAUUUGAGCGUUUGCGUGAUUUUUUGGGCACUUUUAAAAAUGAUAAUCUCUCUAAUACAGAUGAAGAUGAUCAUUACUUUUACAUGGAUCCAAAAUCUGUAGAACGUAGAAUGAAAUGUCAAGCAUCAAAUAUAAUUCUACCAGUAUCUUUUUGAUUCACUUUUUUUAAUUUUGAAAGUUUCCUCUUGUUAUUACUUCGUAUUUUCACUAAAUCAUCCGUCACUAUUACAAUUCUUUUUCUAAUUGUAUUUGCAAUGUAUUUACCUUCGCCUUAUUUUAGAGAAUAUAUAUAAGUGCUGAGUUAUUUAGUGUAUCAUUCUUUAGUUUGUAGAUAGAUGGAAGUCAUAAACAUCAGCUUCUUGUACUUAUUCGCUACUUCACCUAAUAUUCUAUGUAUCAACUUAAUUGUUUUCUUAUCAUUUCUUUAAUCACCAUUGUAUUUACUAUCAUUAUUUUCAGAGCCCAUUUCAAUAUUGUCUUCCAUUUUAUUUUAUUUUUGUUUGCGUUUAUCAUUAAUAUUAGUAACUGGGAAGUUUAUAUUUUAAGUUGCUUCUUUUGGUUCUUAUUCUAAUCGUUAUUGCCAUUGUUUACUUUUCGGUUGGCGUUUAUGGACAUAUACCGUACACUUCAUUACACCACUGAUAUAUUUCAAAAUAUCAGUUUUAUUACCGAUUAGUCUAGCUAUUUAAAAUGAUAGUAACGUGAAUAAAAUGUCAUUAGUAUGUUUAAACUGAUAUCCAACUCUUGGUUCGUCUUCAUGUUGUUGUUUUUUUCUGAUGGUUACAUACAAUUGAGAAACUUUCAACUGAUAAAUCAAUUGCAAAUAAACUAUCAAUACUGGAUUUUACUGUCAGAUAUUAUCGUGAAUGUAUAAUAAAUUUAUACAUGCAUUUUGUGCUGUAAAUCUCACUCUGUUGAGCUCAUACACUUCAGUAGAGUUAUAUCCCUUUUUUUUAAUGUUCAAUAAUAACGCUUGAUAUUUCAUGGUGUAUGUAAUUUAUUACGAUUUAGAUUGUUACAAUUUUGGUUAUGCAAAUUUAAACAUGAUAAAUGUACUGUGUACAAGUUUUGACUUGUCAAGCGGUCAGAGAAUCUGUAAUAUUUUUUCUUUGGUUUUAACAAAAUUCUAAUGCUUAGUGAUUAUUUUUUUUCUGUAUGAUUUUAUGCUUUAUAUAGUUGAUCAGUUUAUACUAUUUUUGCCAUUUAUACAUAUUUUGUUAUAUAAUAUUUAAUAGUAAACUUUUUUAUCUACGUUAAAACUCAAUCGGCAAAACUUUAUUUGUUGGCUAACUAUAAACCAGUACAUAAAAGUAAUGAUUGUAUUGCCAAGAAAACUCGUUGUCUUGUUAUAUAUUGUCUCUGUUUGUUUUUCUAAGAGUUAAGAACUAGAACUUUUAUUGUUGGUAUUUAAUACUGUUGAACGA